AUAAAAAUAAUCAAUACUGCCACACGUCAAGUUUUUAAUAGAAAUUUAAUUAAAAAAAAAAAAAAAAAACAAAAAAUUAAAUGGAUUCUCCCACAGAACAUGCCACAAAUAUUGAAAUUGUUGGCAUUACACGGGGUAGUGAAUUUUUCGAUGAAGUUAUUGGACACAUCGAAGACAUUGUGCUCAGCGAGGAAUUUCAACAAAUGCAAGAGGAAUUUUUAGAACAACAUUGGAAUUGUUUUGAGACCGGCGAAGAAAACAAAUUAGAAUAUAUGGAUAUAUUUGAGGAAUAUAGUAACAAAUUUGAGAGUCACAUUAUGCAGGAAUUGCAGCAUAGAAUGGACGAUUUCAAUAUGGAGAAAUUUGUGGAGGAAUUAAGCUCAUAUGAUUCGCACCAGGAUCCCUAUGGCUUUGGUGACUCCGAAAUAUUCGAAUUGUUGCAGUCAUUUAGUGAUUUUCAAACUUUUAAAGAUCUAAUGUUGGAUUAUCGCAGUAGAAAGGAAGGACAUGUGCCAAAUUUGGAGUUUGAUAUAUUGAUAACAACACCGCUGAGAUGAUAAAGGAAGAGGAGUGCAGUAUUAAAAUAAAUUUAAAACAUGUAUAUAUUUCAUUUUAAA